AGGGAUCAGACCAGUGUCUCUCAAUACUGUACAGGAAGUUGUGAUGUACUCUUUUUGAGUUUGUUUUUUUUUUCUCCAUAAAGUGGACACUUUGGUAAAAUGACUUACAAAUAAUUGUUACAGACGGUCAGCGAAGUUGAUGACUGGAUCAUUAAGCUAAUGUCAUUAGGUUAACAUGUGGACAAAUAUUGUCACUUCUUACCAAUUGUGUUUUAAGUUGGUUGUCCUUGGUUGUCUUAACAAGAUCUAGCUCAAAAUAUCAAGGUCAGUGGAAUUUGACCAGGUGCUCAAAACAUGUGGAUUUUGAUCGCAGUUUUGGCCUUGAACGGUCUUAGAGAUGUCAGAGCUAAGACUGAUCUCUGCCCAGAUGAUCUUGUGAAAGAAACACAGAACUGCUUCACCGAAAUGGCUCAAGCUGUACAACUGGAGUCUGGCCCAGUGGCCCAGUCUGGAACUAUGACACUAGACUACAAGCAAAUAAAGAGAUACUGUGUAGAGGAAGGCUUGAUCAGUCAGUUCGUCCAGUGUGUCGAAGAUGUUACUGCCCACUGCCAGAAUGCCACACAAACUACUCUAUUAGACAGACUGGUCAGUCCUGCCAGAGUUAAGGCUGCUGUUCCAUUAUUGUGUCAGAAACAAGAUGAUAUUGAGAAAGCCGGCGAAUGUAUGAACACAGUGAUGGGGCAAGACUCUCAAUGCAAGAACCAGGCUUACGACAAGGUCAAAUUAGAAAUGUCUAAAUCCAUCCGAAAUGUAACGUUGACGUUUCUGAUACAGUGCAGUUUCUUUAAUGCUCUUGCAGCCUGUCAGAAAGAGGCUCUGUCAACAUCGUGUGGGAGUGGCCUCGGAGAAGUCCACGCCCAUUUCCUACUUUCUUUCAUACCAAACUCGUGUACUGACAACACCACAGCAGCCUCAGAAACACAAAAAGUUUUAAGUUCGAACAAUAAAUCUACUAUACCCACAACCAAUAGAUCCACGCAACCACCUACGACCACAAGAAAGUCGGAAAUAAUUCAGCCUACACUUUCGGGAAAUUCCAAUAAAACUGUUCCUGGUAAACAGGUUAAAAAAAAACUACAGCAUUUUGAAAAUGGCGCAAAGCAAAUGUGCACGUCAGAUCAUGUUUUGUUUAUGUAUGUACUCUAUUCAUCAGUGUUAGUUGGCACCUUGUUACUGUAAUGUUUGAUUUAAUAAAAAUGUAUACAUGUGUUUCUAGAACUUUCAUUUCUAAUUUAAUGAUAUAUAGUAUUAUAGGUUUGAUAGUGGAAUGCGCUUUGAACUGUGGUCACAAUGAUUCCGAGUUCAAAGCCUGGCUGCUGCCUUCUCGAUAUUCCUGAAAUCUUAUUGGAG